CCUUUGCAACGAGAAACGCUUCCAUCUCGGAGACUGACAGGCAACGCGGAGCGCGACUGUGUGGACCGACGGUCCAGCUAGAUAUAUCUGCUGUGUUCCUCUUCCCUUUCAAUUUUGUGCGAGGGUUGUAGUUAUAAUCUGUGUGCCGUUGUUUGUGCUUCAUCAUGGCGGUCGUCAUCCGUUUACAGGGACUGAGUGUCACGGCAGGUUCUGCGGAUAUUCGCAGGUUCUUCACUGGCCUCCAAAUUCCAGACGGAGGUGUCCAUAUAAUCGGUGGGGAGCUAGAUGAAGCUUUCGUUAUCUUUGCUUCAGAUGAAGAUGCAAGAAGAGCCAUUGCACGGUCGGGGGGGCUGAUUAAUGGGAUCCCUGUGAGAUUGCUGCUAAGCAGCAAACAAGAGAUGCAGAACGUGCUCGAAAGAACGACGCAACAGGUGAAGCUGGAGGAGACCAGGCGAAUCGAGGGCAAUGGAAGAGCUUCAAGAUCCAUCGACCUCGACGUGGGCAGAAGAUCUAGUAGCCGGUCGGGUUACAGCCCUCCCUCCCAUCGCCAACAGCCGUCAGACGCCGAUGACCCCUUCAUUGUGUUCCUGAACGGACUGCCUUUCUCUGUGACUGAGGAAGAAAUACAUAAAUUCUUUCAUGGUUUACUCAUUGAUCAAAUUAUCUUGUGUAAAAAAGCAACGGGGCAAAACAAUGGAAAAGGCUUUGCCAAAUUUAGAACCAGGGAAGAUACGUUGGAAGCCUUGAAGAGGGAUGGGAAAUACAUUGGGUCAAGGUAUGUUGACGUCCGCUCAACAACAGCCAAUAAUUGGUUUCGAGCGAUUGGUGAAACGCCACCUUCAGUCAACACGAUGGCGAGCUUUGACAGGGGAAGAGCACCUGUCCGCAGUCAGAGAAGUCCCCCGUAUCAAGCUAGGUCUCGAUCGCCCCUGGUCCAGAAGGCCGCUGAGGAAGAAUACUGUGUGCUGUUGGACAAUCUGUCCUUUGCAGUGGAGAAAGAAGACUUAAAGCACCAUUUUAAGGAUGCGAAGCUUGAGAACGACCAGAUUCUGUUUCUAACUGAUGUUGAGGGAAAAAGAACCAGGUCGGCCUUUGUGCUCUUCAAGAGCAUCCGUGACUAUUGUGACGCUUUGAGUCAGGAGAAAAUCCAUUUCCUCAACCGAUGGAUUCAUGUCCGGCCCAUCUCAAGAGAGAACAUGCUCAGGCUGCUGGAAUCUCAGAAUGAGCCCUCUGGUCCUCCUGGCAACCCAAAAAGGUAUCCGGAAAAGUCUCCAUCUCACCCAAGAGAGCCUUUUGACUCUGCAAAAGUCUGUGCGUUUGUAAGAAACCUGCCAUGUGAUGUGAGAAUAGUUGAGGUCAUUGACUUUUUUCAGGGGUUUAAUGUCACGGAGGACAUGGUACGGGUUCUGUACGACCAUAAAGGAGACGGGGUUGGACAGGCUCUGGUUCUCUUUGGGUCCGAGGCAGAGGCCACGGAAGCACUUUCUCUCAAUGGACGACGGUUUCUGGGGUCUGAAGUUGAAGUGAAGUGCAUUACGCGCGCUCAGAUGGACCAGCUGGCCGCUGAGCCGCCAAAAGUGCAACCGGUGUUUCCAAAGGAAGGACCGUACUGGGGCAGGAUGAGCGAGCCUCCCUACGGACCUGGUAGUGACGCUUACCUUGGUGCUAACGCAUACGGCGAUAUGAGGAAACCCAAGGAUGGUAUUUUCCCUUUUAAAGAGGAGCGCUUCCGUGGAGGUCAUGACUACGAAUCUCAUGGGGUAAGAGCUCGUUCACCGCGGGACAGGGGCAGCGGAGGACACGAGAGGUUCGGACCGCCCGCUCAGCGAUACGACGGUCCCACCUGUGUACAGUUGCUUAACUUGCCGUUCCAGAUUAGAAGCGAGGAAGUGUACGACUUCUGUUAUGGAUAUCGGAUCAUACCCGGAUCUGUCUCGCUCCAGUACGAGCCCAGCGGGAAACCUAAAGGAUCCGCCACUUUGGUGUUCGAGACUCGUCAGGAGGCCUUAACCGCAAUUCAGGAACUGAACGGGAGGCCGAUCGGACCAAGAAAAAUCCACCUUUUGCUUGUUUGAAAUGUAUUUGUACGUAUAAACAUUCAAAACAAUGGAACAGAUGCAACGUAGUUUAGUUUUUUUUUUGUAGCUGUUUUUCCUAACGGCUAAUACUGGGCAUAGGUCUUGACUCGUGACAUAGCGUGAUUUGUGUUAGUGAUUUUCCUUAAGAUAAUUUUGUUCUUCCUGAGGAAGUAUUCAUUUAGUAUUCUCUGGGGUGGGGUUUUAUGCAACGGUUGAUGUUUUUUGUUUUCACUCAAGUCUUUCAGUUUGUUUUGCAACAUCAUUUGUACCUCGAAGCAUGUCAUACAUUAUUUAAAAAAAUUAAAAUCAAAUGAUUCAACAGUC